AUGAAGUUCUCUAUUACCCUCUUGGCUGUCCUUGCUACAUUCGCCAUGGCGAGCCCAAAGGUGGUUGGUGAGAUGGAAGUCCGACAAUUUGAUUGUUCGACUUGUGGUUGUUCGUCUAGCGAUGCUUGCACUUUCGACGUAAGUCUACACCUUGUUCUAGGCGUCAGUAACUGCUGGCAGGAUACUAACAUGGAUAAAUGUAACAGUGCUGCCAAUAAACGCACGAUACGCACGAUACGAGAUUAUAGAGAUGGCUUGAAGGGCAGAGGCAGCUUCUCGUCGUUGUAUGGAGUUCUCGAUCAGAGUUUAAGCUCGGCCGACGAGAAGCGGGUUCCUAUCGUUAUCGAUUAG